UAUCCUCGCCGGCUAGGAGUUGCUCGCGAACUUCACUCCGACAACCAUCACAGUGAUAUUUUUAUAUGGGUUGCACUUUCCCAUCGCAUUUGCAUUAAUCCAAACGAAUUAUUCACCGAUCACGAUGAGAACUAUAAUUAUUGCUCUUGUCGUGGGUAUUGCCACUGGCCAGGACUUGUACUUCCGGGAGCCGGAGAAGUUGAAGAGCGAGUCGAAGAAUUUCACUGGGACUCUCGGUACUUAUGCUGUUGCUUAUGAGACUGAGGGUGGAAUAUUGCAACAGGAAAUCGGCACUAGGAAGUAUCAGGGGACUCCUGAUGAGGCUCAGCUCAUUCAGGGAUCGGUUCAGUAUAAUGCACCUGAUGGUACACCCAUUUCUCUCAGUUGGACUGCUGAUGAAUUUGGAACCCAGGUAUCGGGCUCUCAUUUGCCAACACCACCACCCAUACCUCCGGCUAUUCAGAGAGCACUUGAGUGGAUCGCUAAACAACCCACCACUGAGGAACCUGAUUAUGAUAAUGCUGAGGCACGUAAUGCUGAUAACAGGUCACUAAAUCCUAAAGACAAUGUCAAGGAAUCCAAAUUCAGAAAUCAGAAGAAAUUAUAGUUUAGAUUAUGUAUUUAUUGAUUUUUGUAAUUAAAUAAAUGUGGAAGAGUU